GGUAAGUGUCAGCCUCUGAUCUCGGUCUCGGACUUCCUUCAGUCACCAGCUGCCAAAUUGUGUGGUGCUGUGGGAAAAUUUGUCCUAGAUAAGCGAUCGGAUAUCCAAACAGUGAUUCACAAUGCGCAUACUGAUGAUUUGAACAUACGGAUUUAUACUGGCAUGAAAACUAUAGGAUUUUACCACAAUUGGAAACAGUAUGGCGGACCCUAUCCAGUGGGUACGCUAUGGCUGGCAAAGCUUCAGAAUAUCAGGUGGCCGAAGCAGAGAAACAGAUGAGUCCUCACCUAGGCAAGUUUUGAGACUUGGUAGAGACAAUGUCACCUCUUCAAAGUCUUCAGGCAAGCAUCGAAUCAUUAUCCCAUGUAUGGAUCACUUAAAGGAAGAGUAUGACAGGUUAACCAAACAUUAUAUGAACAACAGAAUACGGACCACAAAGUACACUUUACUCAACUUUAUUCCAAAAAAUAUUUUUGAACAGUUUCAUAGGGCAGCCAACUUAUACUUCCUGUUUUUAGUAUUCUUGAAUUGGGUUCCACUUGUGGAAGCUUUUCAAAAGGAGAUUACCAUGAUUCCACUUUUAGUAGUACUUACCAUCAUAGCUGUUAAAGAUGCACUUGAAGAUUAUAGGAAAUACAAGCUUGAUAAGGUCAUAAACAACCUAUUGACUCAGGUAUACUGUAGGAAAGAGAAGAAAUAUAUUGAGAGCUGCUGGAAAGAUGUAAAUGUGGGGAAUUUAAUUCGGCUUCGGUGUGAUGAAAUCAUUCCUGCUGAUAUGGUGCUGCUACAUUCCUCAGACCCUGAUGGAAUUUGUCACAUUGAAACAUCCAGUCUAGACGGAGAAACAAAUUUAAAGCAAAGACAGGUUGUGAAAGGUUAUGCCAUGGACUAUGAAUUUGAUCCUGAAGCUUUUUCUGGCAGAAUACAUUGUGAAAGCCCAAAUAGUGACAUUGGAAGAUUCAAGGGUUUUCUAGAUCACCCAAAUAAGGAAAAAGCUGGUCUCAGUAAAGAUAAUUUGCUUCUGAGAGGAUGCAUAGUUCGGAAUACAGAGGCCGCAGUAGGCAUUGUGGUUUAUGCAGGUCAUGAGACAAAAACAAUGCUGAACAACAGCGGCCCUCGGUACAAGCGAAGCAAAUUAGAGAGGCAGCUAAAUACAGAUAUACUGUGGAGUGUCUUGCUCUUAAUUGGGAUGUGCCUAACUGCAGCUUUUGGUCAUGGAAUUUGGUUGGCUGGCUUUUCUGAACCACCUGUUUACAAUAUACCUGAACCUAGUGGACAGCACACACCACCUGCUUUGGCUGGCUUCUAUAUGUUCUGGACAAUGAUAAUAUUGUUACAGGUGUUGAUUCCCAUUUCUUUGUACGUUUCAAUUGAAAUAGUUAAACUGGGGCAGAUCUAUUUUAUACAAAAUGACAGAGAUUUCUAUUGUGACAAAGUAGACUCCAUGAUAGAGUGCAGAUCUUUAAAUAUUGCAGAAGACCUUGGCCAAGUCCAGCACAUUUUCUCAGACAAGACAGGAACUCUUACUGAAAACAAGAUGGUUUUCCGCCGAUGCAGCAUUGCUGGGGUGGAGUAUUCCCAUGAUGCAAAUGCAAAAAGGUUGGCAUCCUAUCAAGAAUCUGAUAUGCAUUGUGAAGGCGACACAUGCUUUUCCCGAAGCUUUACAUCUAAGCACAACAUUCCCAGCACCAAGAUAAUUAUCAGUGCUGUGAGCAACAAGUCCUUAAAUAAAAUCUCUGGGAGCAGUUUAGCCCUCGGUGGAGAUGGCAACAGGGCCAGUUUACCAAGGCAUGUUGCUUUCAGUAGCCCAAUGGAGAAGGAUGUUGUACCAGAUCCUGGGUUAUUACAAAAGUGCUCACAAAUCACACCCCAGUCCCUCUCGGUGUCUGAUCAAGCCGAGGACUCUGCUUUGGAGACUUCUUACAUCAUUGACUUCUUUAUUGCUUUAGCAAUCUGUAACACUGUAGUGGUGUCACUGCCCAACCAACCACGCAGAAAGAUAAGAAUGCCAUCCCUUAUAAAAACUCCCAUAAAAUCAUUGGAAGAAAUCAAACAGAUGUUUCAGAAAUUUUCAGUGCGUAAAUUAAGCUCCUCUACACUUUCAAGUGGAAAAGAUCCUGCUUCAGAUAAUUUGAAUUUUGUGAGCAGACUAUCAUUUUUCAACAAAGUGAAGCUGGCUUCACCUUCAUCUGAUCUGCCUGAUAAGUCAAUAAAUGAACUCCAUGCCACAGGCAGCUUAAACACUACUGCUGAAUUUGAGCCUGAUAGUCUGGAGAAAUCUGACGUGGUUAACAAUGGUGAUGAUGAUAUUUUUGCUCCUGGGGAGCUGUGUUAUGAGGCAGAAUCUCCAGAUGAGGCGGCACUGGUUCAUGCUGCCAGGGCUUACAAAUAUACUCUAAAGUCACGGACACCUGAUCAAGUCACUGUGGAGCUGGACUUCCUGGGACCUUUGACCUUUCAAAUUUUGCACCUUUUACCUUUUGACUCCGUUAGAAAAAGGAUGUCUGUGGUUAUUCGCCACCCUAUAUCAAAUAAAGUGGUAGUGUAUACCAAAGGAGCAGACUCUGUUAUAAUGGAUCUAUUAUCAGUCAAUGCUGAAGAUAACAAAACUACAUUGUUGCAGAAAAAUAUCAGAACAUUAACGCAGAAACAUUUAGAUGGGUAUGCCAAAGGUGGGCUUCGAACUUUAUGUAUUGCUAAAAAGGUAAUGACUGAUCCCGAAUACGCAGAGUGGUUACAUUCACAUUUCUUGGCAGAAACCAGUAUUGACCAUCGUGAAGAGCUGCUUUAUGAAUCUGCUUUAAGACUGGAAAAUGAACUUAUGUUACUUGGUGCAACUGGAAUAGAGGACCGUUUACAGGAGGGCGUUCCUGAUACUAUAGAGUCAUUAAGAAAAGCUGGUAUCAAAAUCUGGAUGCUGACAGGUGACAAGCAAGAGACUGCGGUCAACAUUGCAUAUGCCUGCAAAUUACUGGAGCAUGAUGACAAGAUAUUUUAUCUAAACAGACAAGACAAAGAAGCAUGUGAGGCCCUGAUGAACAAUAUUAUUGAUGACAUUGAAAGCUGCAUAUCACAGAAUACAGCAUCAAAAAAGAAAAGAGGCUUUCACGGUGGCCGUUGUAAUACCUUAGAACAGCAUUUUGGUUUGGUAAUAGAUGGAAAAACGCUGGAGUUUGCAAUGCACGAGAGCCUACAGAGCAAAUUUAUUUCUCUUACCGGAAGAUGUAGAGCUGUAAUUUGCUGUCGGGCGACACCUCUUCAGAAAAGCAAAGUGGUUAAACUUGUCAGAAAUAAUCAGCAAAUUAUGACAUUGGCAAUUGGUGAUGGUGCCAAUGACGUAAGUAUGAUCCAAGUUGCUGACAUUGGAGUGGGAAUAUCAGGCCAAGAGGGCAUGCAGGCAGUAAUGUCAAGUGAUUUUGCCGUGUCCCAUUUUAAACAUCUAAGGAAAUUGCUUCUUGUUCAUGGCCACUGGUGUUACACAAGACUUGCAAAUAUGAUUCUUUACUUUUUCUACAAGAACGUGAUGUUUGUGAACCUUUUGUUCUGGUACCAGUUCUUCUGUGGUUUCUCUGGCACAGCAAUGAUGGACUUUUGGAUGUUAAUUCUGUUCAAUUUAGUCUUUACUUCUGUGCCACCUAUCAUAUAUGGUAUUCUAGACAAAGAUGUUUCUGCAGAGACCCUCACAGACCUGCCAGAACUUUACAAAUCUGGGCAAAUAUCACAGGAAUACCGGAGUUCAAAUUUUUGGGUCACCAUACUGGAUGCGUUUUACCAAAGCCUGGCAUGUUUCUUCAUUCCAUACUUUACCUACCUGGGCUCAGACAUAGACAUCUAUUCGUUUGGAAACUUUGUAAUUACAGCAUCCCUAUUUGUGGUUUUGCUACACCUUCUUAUUGAAAGUAAAAGCACGACAUGGAUUUACUGGACUAUAAUGUGUUUUAGUGUUGUGUCAUAUUUUAUUUUUACAUUGGCACUUGGAGCAACAUGCGUUACAUGCAACCCACCAGCUAACCCGUACUGGAUAAUGCUGAAACAUGCAAGUGAUCCAGCAUUUUAUCUCGUCUGCAUUAUGGCCGCUGUUAUUGCGCUCAUGCCUAGAUAUGUGUACCGGGUAUUUCAAGGAACUGUAUUUCCCACUCCUCAACUAAGAGCAAAGAAGCUUGAUUUGAUGACCACGUCUGAGCGAUCCAAAGCUAUUAAACUCUGGAAAGGGGAAGAAACAAUAACUCAUGAAAAUACCUCAUUAUCGAAAAAAACAUCUGACUGCACAUCUCCGAAGGAGAAUGAAGAAGCUGCUAAUAUGCUACCUGUAGAAAUCCACUUCCACUUUCCAGGCCAUGUUGAUGUCUGAUAAUUAGAACUUUAAAUAGCAUUGACAGUUUCUAAAGGUUUCUACAUUGUUCAAACCAAAAACCUUUUCUCAAUAUUUUAGGAAAUGUCAUAUUUACAUUGUAAUGCACAUUUGGUUCUUUUUGUAAAAACUAUUUGUACCAUAAAAGACAUCAAACUGGUCCUAUCAGAAAUUUCUUCCAGUAUCUCUGAAUCUUAUUAUUCCCAGUUUUGCAGUUCCAUUUAGGCUCCUGUAAUUUCUAUGAUGCUUUAUUACAUUUUUUGUUGUGCACAGUUUUAGUUUACUUUAUGCCUGAUUGCUGGAACUGAUAUAAAGUGGGUUUAACCCCUUAAUGACCACAAUGUACCCUAUAUGUCACUGGUCGUUAAGGGUUUUUUCAGGACAUAAUAGCACAAGUCUAGCAAGAACACGCUAUUAAUUCCCUCUCUCCAGCAGGCUUUGUGGAAUAGAGCAGUCUCAACGCUUGUGGCAAGACCGCGAUAUAAAACAAUCAAGUCCCAAAAAAAGGCCAGCGACAUACAGGGUACGUCGCUGGUCCUUAAGGGGUUAAAGGGAGACUGACACAUUUCAGAAUACACUAGUAGAUUUUUAGAAAUAUUUUGAAUUCUGUCUUGUGUUAUAUAUAUAUAUAUAUAUAUAUAUAUAUAUAUAUAUAUAUAUAUAUAUAAAUGCAUUUUAACUUUGUUUAUAAAAUCAGUGUUAAACCGUUUAGUAGGUAGAAAAUUGUAUGUUGUGCAAAAUUAUCUUUUUGAUUAUUUUUUUUAAAGUUUUUUUUAGGAAUUGUUAAACACGUGCACAAAUAUAAUGAAUGUUGUUGUCCCAAAAGUGGCACCUUAUCUCGGGCGUUAACUUACUUUAUUAUGGAGGUGUGGUCCUUGAUACCUAAGGAUAGUCCAGUGCCCCAUCAGUGUUUCUUUGUAUAUUUUAUUAAAGUGCAACCAAUAAUAUGUUUAUUAGCAAAAUGCAUCAACAAUAAUUUAUAGUGUUUACUGCUUCAUGUCUCAACAUUUGAAAUUACUUUGUAAAACAAAACUUAAUGCUGGGAACCUGAUACUUUCUUAUUAUUACCUUGAGUUGCCUUUAAGGAACAGCACACACAAUAAUAGAACAGCAACGGCAAGUGUUUUAUUUAUCUUGCAACUUUUUAUGGGUCUCUGCCCCUCAAAUUCAAAGUGUUUUUUUUUUGUUUUGUUUUUUUCCUCAAUCUCAAAAAUGCAUCAAAUAAAGUUUUCUACUUAGCCAGUGGAGGCUGCUAUGCCAGUACUUACACUCACAACUUUGAAUAUGGGUGUGAGCGUGCAUACUUAGGUACUGGCAUGGCAGUUCCUAAGAAAUGAACAUCAUUCACUGCAUCUUUGGAAUACAAAAAGUUUUUAAAAUUUGAGUAGUGGAGCUCAGUGGAAACAAUAGAAAGGGGUAAGUAUAACACUUGCUAUUGUUUAGGUGUAAAGUUAGCUCUUAUUAUCGAAUAGCCAUUGGCAUUUAUUGAUUUUAUUUGGUUUGCAAAACAGCAUGCUUGUUAAUAACAGAAGUGUAAAAGCUUGUACAAUCCUAAAAAGCCAUAAAGCCUUGCAGAAGUGAGGUCUGCCUUGUCUAUUUAAUUGAAAGAAAAAAAUAUAUAUUUGUGUGUGUGUGUAUAUAUCUAAAAACAUUUGUUUUCAGGAUACAGUCACCUGUUCAAAAUGUUAGACCUUGUGCAAAUUAAUACUGUAUGUUUGACUGUUAAAUACUAUUUAUAUCUCUAACUGCAGCUAUAGGCUGGUGUUAAAAACAGUUUUUAUGAGGGUUUUUUUUCUGAAACCAAUUUAAAUAUCCACUCAUAAUUUUUUUUCUUUGUGUGCUUGAUAAGUAAACUUGACUGUCAACACCUGAUCAUGUCAGGCAAGUUUAUUUACUUGCACAAAUAUUUAAACAAAAUAUAUCAAACUUACUAGCCAUCAUUAAUUUAUGUCACAUGAUUUGCACAGCCCUAGAAGGCAAUUUGUCUUUAAACUUGUUCUCUCUUAUAUACUGUAGCUCCUCAUUAUCAGUAAAGCUUCUUUCUUUCUUUGUUUUUUUUUUCUUUUUUCUUCUCCUGGUACCAAAGUUUCUUUAGUGACCUAAUUAGCCAAUGUCUAAAACCAAAUGACUUCCAAUACUACAAAAGGACAUUGGUGGAUUUUAUUACUGAAGAAACAGGACAUGGUCUGUUGCUCAACAAAACAAAACUUUUAGCAAAAUAGGGUAUUUCACUUGUUACUGUAAUGUCUAUGUUAAAGAUCUAAACAUAAAUAAUAUAUUGUUGCCAAACUCCAUUAAUUAGUACUUCUGUUCUCCUGUUCAGCAGGAUUGGUGUGUUUUUUUACUAGCCAAUGCUUUUAACCUGUGUCACUCUCCAGCAAUGUGGCUAACACAUCUGUCUCAAUAUGCACUGUAUAAAUCUAUCUACUUGAACUAGACUGCUUUUAAUAGAAUGUAUUUCCUCUCUUGUAUAUGACCUGCCUCCAUUUUGUAUUUAGAUCAUUCCUGUUUUAAAAGCCUUGCAUUCUGGUAAUGUGUAGGGUUAUCUAUCCAAGGUAGUCAGGAAAUAUUAUUUACUGUACACCAUUUUCAAAUUGUGAAAUUGAUCCUUAGCUACAGGAACACUGCACUUUUAAGUAUUUCUUUAAAACAGGUGUUUUUUAUUUAGGUUUUUUUUUUUUUUAAGAAAUAUUUUUUAUGCAUUAUAUAUGUUCACAUUUAAUUGCAUGAGAAUGUAACUAUUGUAUUUAUUACAGACAUUAAAUAAAGAAAAUAGUUUUCCAUA